CUGCUGACCGCCGAGUGCUCAGCAUUAUUUUUGUCCUCUGUGCUCCCGCACUCCGCUCCGCCGCCCCGCACCGUACCGCACCUUCACCCGGAUUCUGCCCACUUUCGGAGUCAAGUCGCUUCUCUCUCACAUUUUUUUCCCCCCUGCAAAAUUUGGACUUUGUUAAAUUGCAAGUACACCUAAAGGAAAAGGCCUACAGGAGCGUUCAGAAAUCAAGACCCAAGUCAAUCCGAGAUCCACUCAGGAUGGCAGGAUCCAUACAAGUGCAACAGGAGCAGCAGCGGCGGAGUCUGGAGACUCAAUAUGAAAGCAGCUACCACCAAAGCUCGCUGUCGUCCUUUAGCCACCGGUCUUAUGCAGCUCACGUGAGCAGCGUGGGGCUGGAGACUUCGAGUAAGAAACAGGAGAAGAAACUGAGCUCCAUCUCCAGGGUGCAGACUUCUGGUAAGAAGCUGGAAAAGAAACUGAGCUCCACUUCCAGGGUGAAGUCUUCAAGUAAGAAGCAAGAGGAAAAAAAGACUUCCUACGCCAGAGAACACAAGUGCGCCUGCCUGGCACUGGACAAAGAGGAGAGUGUCGUUGGAUACGUGGUUCCUGUUUGUAGAAGCAGUUAUUUAGCCACACAGGAUCUGAUGGAGAGCCAGGAGGAGCUGAAGGAGGAAGGUCUGGGCUAUGUGGUCAUGAAGAACCUCUUCUCCAGAGACGCUGCGUACCAGCUGAAACUGGUGAAGAAGAGCCGCAGCACGACUAUGAGGGAGUCUGCAGAAAGACUGUCCCUUAGCAAGAAGAUUGAAGAAAAGCACGAGUUCCAGAGGAAGCUGAACGCGGACAGCCUGACUCAUCCUCCCGAAUUCAUUGUGAAACCGCGUGGUCAGACUGUGUGGGAAGGCAAGAGUGUGACACUGCACUGCACUGUGGCUGGCUGGCCCAAACCCCGCGUGGCCUGGUACAAAAACAACUUGCUCAUCGAUGCAAAGGCUCACGCUGAGAAGUACACCACCGAAAGCAAUUACAACAUGCACUCUCUGGAGAUUAAAAACUGCGAAUUCGAUGACACCGCCGAAUAUCGCAUCUCGGCCCUCAACGUGAAAGGCGAGAGCUCUGCCUUCGCGUCGGUCAUCGUUAAAAGAUUUAAAGACGGAGAAGCGACUGAAAGACCCCAUGGUUUCAGUCCCGAACAUGGCGUCACCUUCAGGACCACCGUUAUCGAUAAGUUCGGAGUGGCCUUCGGCCGUGAAGGAGAGACCAUGAGUUUGGGCUGCACUGUCAUCGUCUAUCCCACUGUGAAACGCUAUCAGCCCGAGGUGCUCUGGUACAGGAACGGUGUGGUUCUGGAACCAUCUCAAUGGGUGCAGAUGCACUGGAGUGGCCAGCGAGCCACACUCACUCUCAUCCACCUCAACAAAGAGGACGAAGGACUUUACACUCUGCGGGUCAACACCAAGUCGGGCUUCGACUCUCACUCCGCCUUUGUGUUUGUCCGAGACGCUGACGUGGAGGUCGAAGGGGUCCCCGUUGCCCCUCUGGAUGUGAGGUGUCAUGAUGCUAAUAAGGAUUAUGUCGUGGUGACCUGGAAACAGCCUGCGGUUGAGGGAAGCAGCUCCGUCCUGGGCUACUUUAUAGACAGGUGUGAAGUUGGCACUCGGCACUGGAUCCAGUGUAAUGACACUCCAGUGAAAUAUGCCCGUUUUCCAGUCACCGGGCUCGUAGAAGGGCGCACUUACAUUUUCCGGGUUAGCGCUUUGAACAUUGCCGGGGUGAGUCACCCGUCUCGUGUCUCUGACCCCGUGGUUGCCAUGGAUCCAUCUGACCGAGCCCGUCUGAGAGCUGGUGUUUCCGCUCCGUGGACCGGUAUGAUCAAAUUCACUGAGGAAGAUCCCACAGUUGGUGUAAUCCCUGGGUCUCCUACUGAUCUGGCUGUGACUGAGGCUACUAAGAGCUAUGUGGUGCUCAGCUGGAAGCCUCCUGUUCAGAGAGGACAUGAAGGAGUUAUGUAUUAUGUAGAGAAGUGUAUGGUUGGCACAGACACCUGGCAGAGGGUGAACACUGGGAUGCCUGCGAAGUCCCCUCGCUUUGCCCUUUUUGACUUGGCCGAGGGCAAAUCCUACACCUUCCGCGUGCGUUCCUGCAACUCCGCAGGUGUUAGCGAGCCGUCUGAGGAAACCGGAGCCACGACUGUCGGGGACAGACUGGACCUGCCCUCGGCACCAGGGCCUGUUGUGCCCAUCAGGAACACAGCCUCCUCCGUUGUGGUGACCUGGAAGGCUUCUAAAGAGGCCGUAGAGCUUGUGCGCUACUACGUGGAAGUCAGCGUCGUGGGCAGCAACGUGUGGGUGCCAUGCAACAACAAGCCAGUCAGAGACACCAGGUUUGUGUGUCACGGGCUGAACACGGGAGACAGCUGUGUUUUCAGAGUGAAGGCCGUGAACGCUGCCGGCUACAGCACUCACUCCAGCGAGUCCGAAUCCUGCCUUGUAAAAGCAGCCAUCGAGGUGCCGUCUCCUCCGUCUGCUCUCACUUUGGUGGAGCGUUUUCGUGACUACAUGGUGUUGAACUGGCAGGCUCCUGCUAAAACCGGAGGAGUCGAUAUCAGGGGCUACUACCUGGAUUACAGGACCGUUAAGGGCGGUGUCGUAAGCAAGUGGCACGAGAUCAACACCAAGGCCGCCACUGGAACUACCUAUAAGGUGGAAGACCUGAAGGAGAAUGUAUUGUACCAGUUCCAGGUUCGUGCAGUUAACCAGGCUGGCAUUAGCGAGUCCUGCAUCAGCAGCGUUGCCUUCGAGUGUAAGGAGUGGACCGUUGCAUUGCCAGGCCCUCCUCAUGGGCUUCACAUGCUGGAGGUGAGAAAGGACUCAUUGGUGCUGCUUUGGGAGCCGCCCACGUUCAACGGCCGUAGCCCCGUCACCGGCUACUACGUGGACAUCAAGGAAGGGAAUGGCAAAUGGAGAGGAGUUCAGGACAGGUCCACCAAGAAUACAUACUUGCAGAUAUCGGGCCUGAAGGAAGGUGCCUCCUACAUACUACGUGUCACUGCUAAGAAUAUUGCAGGUGUUGGUGGACCCUCCAAAGCUACAGACCCCAUCGUCGCUCAGACUCGCCCAGGCACUAAUGAGAUUGUGGUCGACGUGGAUGACGAUGGCGUGAUCUCGCUGAUCUUCGAGUGCUCUGAGAUGACUGAAAGCUCUCGAUUUGUGUGGUCAAAGAACUACGAGGCUCUCGCCGAUACCUCCCGUCUCACUAUCGAAACAGUCAGGGGAAAAUCCAGAGCCAUCUUUAAUGAUCCUUCACUGGAGGACCUGGGCGUCUACUCCUGCGUUGUCACCAACACUGAUGGAGUUUCUGCCAGCUACACACUGACAGAGGAGGGACUGAGGCGCUUGUUGGAUAUCAGCCAUGACCACAAGUUCCCCAUUAUUCCUUUCAAGACCGAAAUGGCUGUUGAGCUACAGGAGAAAGGACGCGUGCGUUUCUGGGCGCAGGUUGCUAAGUUUACCUCCAAAUGCCAAGUGGAGUAUGUUUUCAACGAUAACAUCAUUACUCAAGGAAAGAAAUACACCAUGAACUUCGACAGUAAAACCGGCAUUAUCGAGAUGUUCAUGGACUCUUUGGAAAUCACCGAUGAAGGAACCUUCACGUUUAACCUCGUCGAUGGCAAAGCUACCGGUCGUACCAGUUUGGUGCUUAUUGGAAAAGAGUUUGCUGAGCUUCAGAAGAAGUCUGAGUUUGAGAGAGCAGAGUGGGUCAGGAGACAAGGCCCUCACUUUGUGGAAUACCUCAGUUUCGAGGUCACCCGAGAAUGUAACGUGUACCUAAAAUGCAAGGUCGGAAAUAUCAAAGCGGACACCGAGAUAACCUGGUUUAAGGACGGAAUUGAGAUCGCGGAGGAUGACGAAGACGCUCAGAAAAUUGGCAUCGCAGAUGGCGUGCUGUCCUUCAACAUUGGCAAGCUCGUUAAAAAGAACGAAAAAGACGGGAAAAAGAAACCUGCUCCUGAAGGAAGCCCGAGGAAGCCCAAACUUUCAAAGAAAGACGCGGGUGUUUACGAAGUGAAGCUGUGGGACGAGAGAGGGAAGGAUAAGACUUUGUUGGACCUGACGGAAGCAGGUUACAAGGCCGUGCUGAAUGAAAUGUUCAGAGUUAUAGCGCACUCUUCUACCGAAUUGAAGGUUCAGAGCACCGAGCAUGGAAUCAUCCUCCACUCGUUCGUCGUGUAUCACACAGAAGAGCUCCCUGUUGGUUGGUUUCACAAAGAUAGCAAGGUUUCACACUCAGACAGAGUGCAGUGUGGAGUCACAGGAGAGCAGCUGUGGCUGAAGAUCAACGAGCCCACAGACAAGGACAAGGGCAAGUACGCCAUCGACAUCUUCGCCGGCGAAGGCAGCGUCAGGAGAGUUCUCGACCUCGCCGGCCAAGUGUGGGAAGAGGCCUAUUCAGAGUUCCAGAGGCUGAAGGCUGCAGCUAUCGCAGAGAGAAACCGAGCGCGUGUGAUCGGAGGCCUGCCAGAUGUGGUCACGAUCCAGGAAGGCAAGUCUUUGAACCUCACCGGCAACGUGUGGGGCGAACCUACACCUGAGGUCACUUGGCUGAAGAAUGACAAAGAGCUGGUACGUGACGAUCACAUCACGCUCAAGUUUGAGCACGGCAAGUUCGCCAGCAUCACCAUCGCGGCAGUCAAUUCGGCCGACUCGGGCAAGUACGCCCUGCUGGUGAAGAACAAGUACGGCACAGAGGCUGGCGAGUUCACCGUCAGCGUCUACAUACCAGAAGACGAGGCUGAGAAGAAAGAGUAGAGAAAUACGGAAGCUUCAGGAGAGAGAGGGGCCGUGACAUGACCAGAUUGCAUCCUAAAGCAUUUUACUCCAAAGCAUGUGCGACCUCAGUACGUCAUAAACACACAGACGCACUAAAGCUCAUGGCCAAUUAGUAGUAAUAAUAAACACCUCAGUGUGGUAAUCUAGACUAGCAGCAGAUCUAAAAACACGUUCGUGUGCACAUUCAGUACUCCGCUUUAAUCAACCGCUUACCCCGAACAUGGUUUGAAGUAAAAUGCUGCCAUAUUCAUACAUAAAACUAGCACAUGCUUUUACUGUUUCAAUUUUUUUUUUUGUCUGUUUGUAUUAUUUGUGUCCAUUUUAUUUCCUGUAUUAACAGAAAUGUUACCUACAGGUCAUCCAUCUAUGACUGAAGGUACAGUAAUCUUGAGAAACAGCUCAGCUAGGAGACUUUUCCUUAAAUAUAUUCAUCAUAAUAGUACUAAUAGGGAAACUCUUUGAAAUGAUGAUACGUUUCCAAGAAAGUAGUAAUGUAAUGUCUUGUAACUCUAUAGCUGGAUUUUAAGUUACACUAGUACUAUGUGGAAAUUCGAUGGCAGUCUGUGUGAAGCAAAAGGCUUUGAAGGUUAUAGGCUGUCUGUUUAGAUCUGUUUGCAGUAUUGACGGUGUAAUGUCACCUCGCGUAUGUCUUAAUGACGGAAAAGACAGUUCUAUGUGACGACCACAAAUAAAGCCUUGCAAUGCAAAAGAAAA